AGUCUAUGCAGGUUAAACUCUGUUUUCAUUCUUUGGAUCUCCAUGAUGAUCGUGUGCUCGAGUUACCCCGUCAUCUCUUCCAUGAGCAGCAAUCCCUUCUAUUUGAAUUGCCAGCUGUAUGGGAAAUCUGAUUACUGCCUGGUCCUGCUGAAUAACUGCUUGGCCAAGGCGGGCAGGAGCGAAGAAGUGGCUGUUUUAAAGCCUUACCUGGAGAUGCCAUUCAAUAAAAGGUCCUUUCGCAACGGGGUUGGAUCAGGAAUGAAAAAAACUUCCUCUCGAAGAGCAAAGUCAUAAACAAGUGCUCGAAACCGCAGCCCCGGUUUUAGAUCUGAUGUUUAACUUUGUGCUUGAACCCAUUUGAAUGCUUUCCAAUGAUAGCGCCAACAGAGACAAAUGUACCCGUGUCUUCAGCGUGUAAACAGAGGUUCAUUUCAAAGAGCACGAGCCAAGGGGAGCAGAUGGGAUUGCUCAGAAUGGGCUUUGUUUCCAAAAGUUAUAGGAUCAUCAAAUUUUGUGUUGAAUGUUUUCAUUCGGUGAAUUCCCCUUCUUUGUAAAGCCUCAGAUUUAAUCAGGUUCCUCUUGAUUAAUACAGAAAUAAUCCUGCCCUUUGAAUAGAUGCGUGCAUGCAAUCCCUUGGGAGGACUGAUGGUGUUACUCCCAUAGAGGCAAACCCACUGGCAAAGCAAAGCAGGCCUGUACCUUCCUGUCCCACAUCACAUUUAUGCAAAGACAACCACUCUGGCAAUUAUAAGACAGAUUUAAAGUACAUUUCAUUUGAGAUUCCCAAACGUACCAAGGGCCACUGGUGAAAGAGAGAAUCAGGCCCUACUUGUAACUGGUAGUUUCUCUUUCAUAGAGUUAUUUAAAAUGACUUUAGCAGGAAAUAAUCCCUUAAGAUGUGUCAUUUCAUUCCCUGAUAAAUCACUCUAAGGCCGGGUAUCAGUGCUGCUCUCUUUGCCUCAAUUAAUUGACUUACAUAGCAAACACACACCUGAUGAAAUGUGCCAAACGUGGUUUCUGUUCAUCUGCUCCAGUUGUGCUGCAGUAAUUGACAAAAAGAGGUUUUAUUAAUUUCUGGGGUGGGGG